AUGGCCGAAGCUGACAUUGCACUGAUUGGACUGGCUGUCAUGGGCCAGAACUUAAUUUUGAACAUGAACGACCACGGCUUUGUGAUCUGUGCUUUUAACAGGACGGUCUCCAAAGUUGAUGAUUUCUUGGCCAACGAGGCAAAGGGAACCAAAGUGGUUGGUGCUCACUCUUUGAAGGAAGCAUUUGAGGAAUGGAAUAAGACAGAACUAGACUCGUUCCUGAUUGAAAUCACAGCAAAUAUCCUCAGAUUCAAAGAUACUGAUGGCAAACACCUGCUGCCAAAGAUCAAGGACAGUGCUGGGCAGAAGGGCACUGGAAAGUGGACAGCCAUCUCAGCUCUGGAGUACGGUGUUCCUGUCACUCUCAUUGGUGAAGCUGUCUUUGCUCGAUGCUUAUCAUCACUGAAGGAUGAGAGGAUGCAAGCUUCCAAAAAACUAAAGGGUCCCCAAAAAGUCCAGUUUGAAGGAAACAAGAAAUCAUUCCUAGAAGACAUUCGGAAGGCCCUCUAUGCUUCCAAGAUCAUCUCUUAUGCUCAAAGCUUCAUGCUGCUACGACAGGCAGCCACCGAAUUUGGUUGGACCCUCAACUAUGGUGGCAUAGCCAUGAUGUGGAGGUGGGGCUGCAUCAUCAGAAGUGUAUUCUUAGGGAAGAUAAAGGAGGCAUUUGAUCGAAACCCAGAACUUCAGAAUCUUCUGCUAGAUGACUUCUUUAAGUCUGCUGUUGAAAACUGCCAGGACUCCUGGCGGCGGGCCAUCAGUACAGGUGUCCAGAUAGGCAUCCCCAUGCCCUGCUUCACCACCGCACUUUCCUUCUACGAUGGGUACAGACAUCAGCUGCUGCCUGCCAACCUCAUUCAGGCUCAGCGGGAUUACUUCGGGGCUCAUACCUAUGAACUUUUAGCCAAGCCAGGACAGUUCAUCCACACUAAUUGGACGGGCCAUGGUGGCAGUGUGUCAUCCUCUUCCUACAAUGCCUAA